GAAUACCUCUAUUUCUAGCGAGGAGCAAACUGUGCAGGGAGCUAAAAUACAAAAGCCGGGACCCCGCUCGUUUAAUAGGUCUGCCUCCUCAAGGCAAAGUCCGAACCCGACAUCAUCAAAACUAAAAGACACACUGAGCAGAAGGCCCAACCGCAAUCGCAAUCGCAAGCAGGACGCACUUUCCGCGCAGACAAGCACCAGCAGCACCAGCACCAGCACAUCGAUCCACUCGCAUCCCAUUGAGCCAGCUUCCUCUCUGCCCACGCUUCACACCUCACCGACCACAUCGGCUUCCAGCAGAAGCAACCUAUUUGUGCGUGUAUUAAGACGCUUCUCGACCAACUCCCUUUCUGGAAAGACAAGCAACGUUCCUAAAAACGAACCGAUCAACGAGAACAACAACGGCGAUCUAAAUAAACCGGAUCCAUUGAUCGAUGUAGAGGUACUGGGCUCCCAGGAUAACCAUGAGGACAAAAUGGACGGCAAAUCUGAGCCAGAAGAUGCCGUUAACAACCAGAAAGCAGCUGGUGUAGUUACGGGUAGUUCCAAAAAAGACAAGUCGGGCGCCCCGCAACCGGUCGUCGCAGACACCAAGAAAAUGGAGGCCAGAAAGUCCUCCUCGGACACGGUGAUCGAGCCACUGAUUAAGCAGCAGGCUCCGCUUCACUCCUCCAAGACCACUCCCACAACGCUGACCGCCAAUUUUGUGCAAAACAUUCGUUUCGUGCGCAAGAAUGUGGAGCAGUCCGGCAGGAACACUAAUCCGCUGCAGUUCGUCGAACUGGAAACGGAGUUUCCCCGUGACUAUGAUGACAACAUCGAGACGCUGUCCCGCGAGGCAGAGCAUCUGGAGGAGCAAUUCCGCACGCCAACGCGUUCUAAUGCCACCGAUGUUGCCGCCCAUCAGGUGUCCGGCAUCAUUGAGAACAUUAUCAUCGAGGCGUCGCGAAGUCUGCCAAUCGAAAAGAUUGAAGACGAAGUGCCAUUGAGGUCAUCUACGAAGCAUUCGAGCGGCGUUAAGCGCGUCGGUUUCCAGGUCGAGGAAAAGGACGACACCGAGGUCCAAAGUGAAAAGCAGCCAAAGAGCAUCGAUGCCACAGUUAAGAAGUCGGAGAGUGCUGAGGUCAGCGCCGAGGAGGCGUCUGCGACUGGGUCAUCCGCUGACGCUUCCACGUCACAGCUGCCCUCCACAACGGCUGUGUCCACCACCUCGUCGGCUACCUCGAUCACGAAGAGCAAGAGCGACGAAGAUGAUGAUCCGGUGGCCAUGUCGCCUUGUGGACGCUUUUUUAAGUACGACAAGGAAGUGGGCCGUGGCUCCUUCAAGACUGUCUAUCGCGGCCUGGACACGUUGACGGGUGUCCCAGUUGCGUGGUGUGAAUUGCUGGACAAGCAAGUGAAAAAAAGCGAACGCACCAGAUUCCGCGAGGAGGCAGACAUGCUGAAGAAGCUUCAGCAUCCUAAUAUUGUACGGUUCUAUACAUAUUGGGAGUUCCCCAUUGGCCGUAAAAAGAAUAUAGUACUAGUCACCGAACUAAUGUUAUCCGGAACUUUGAAAUCCUAUUUGAAACGAUUCAAGAAGAUACACCCAAAGGUAUUGAAGUCAUGGUGUCGUCAGAUUUUGAAAGGCCUCAAUUUUCUGCAUACUCGUCAAUUUCCUAUAAUUCAUCGUGAUUUGAAAUGUGAUAAUAUUUUUAUAACUGGCACCACGGGCAGCGUUAAAAUCGGCGAUCUGGGCCUGGCGACGCUGAAGAACCGCUCCCACGCGAAAUCUGUGAUUGGAACGCCGGAGUUCAUGGCUCCCGAGAUGUACGAGGAGCACUACGACGAAUCGGUGGACGUAUAUGCCUUCGGGAUGUGCAUGUUGGAGAUGGCCAUCUCCGAGUAUCCAUACAGCGAGUGCAAAGGUCCGGCACAGAUCUACAAGAAGGUGAUAUCGGGCAUCAAGCCAGCAGCGCUGGCCAAAGUUGAAGAUCCCAAUGUGCGCGACAUCAUCGAGAGAUGCAUUGAAUUGAAAAAGGAGGACCGCCCCAGCUGCAAUGAGCUUCUGGAGUCGGAGUUCUUUGACGAGGAUAUCGGCAUUCGCGUAGAGCCUACCGCUUCGGAGCAGUUUCUUUCGGAUCCGAGCAUAAGCAUCAUCGAGUUUCGGCUGCGCUUUAUGGACCCCAAGAAAAGGUCAUCGAGACACAAGGAGAACGAGGCGAUCCAGUUCGAGUAUAACAUAAAACAUGACGAGUACGAGCAGAUCGCUCAGGAGAUGAUGAAGGAAAACAUUAUAUCCGAGGACGACUCUCGUGCCGUAGCUCGUCUCCUAAAGGUGCAGGUCGUCUCCUUGCUGAAGGAGCGUGCCCAGCGUCAGACCCAGAUCAAACUGCAGAACGAGAAGUCGCGACUCGAGAAGCUGGCGCUGCAGAAGCAACGCGAGAGCCUGCCGACGAACGUCGAUGAAGAUGAGGAAGAGGAGGAGGAGUCCGAAGAUGAGGAAGACGGGGUGAAGUGGAACCAGCGCUUGCAGCUAAAGUAUGACCUCUUGAAUACCGAUUCCGAGACCAGUCUGGCCCUGUCCACGAACAGUGCCGAUCCUCAGAUACAUCCUGCUCGGUCGAAUGCCUCCAUCCCGAACAGCGGCAACCCGGUGCAGUUGAUUUCGGUGCAGCCACAGGUAAUCACCUCGCCGGCCAUUCCCAUGCAGCAGAAGCCCACGGUGCACUAUAUUCAGCCGCCCCAGCUGGCAUCGUAUCAGAACUCGCAGGAGAUCCCCAACAAUCAGGUCAUCUCGCCCACAGGAGGCCAACAACUACAGCAGCAGCAGCAGCAACAGCCGCCGCAGCAACAGCAGCAACCAAAUGUUACAAUGGUGCCACAGCAACAAGUCAACCCACAGCAGCAGCAACAGAUACUCCAGCAGAUGCCGCAGCAAAUCCAGGUGCAGCAACAGCCACAGGCCGUUCUGCAGCCGCAGCAACACGAGCAGCCAAAUCAACAGCCACUGACCGACCAGCAAAAGAGCCAUCAGAUACCGCUACAGCAGCAGUUGCAGCAAUUGAUGCACACGAACGUUCAAACCCCUGAGCUGGCACAGCAGCAAAUGGCUCAGCAGCAGGCCCAGCAAUAUUACCAGCAGCAACAGCAACAGCCGACGCCUCAAGUUGCUAUGCAUCCAAACCAAAUGGCGCAGCAGCAACAGGCCUAUGCCAUGCAACAGGCUGGCCAGCAGCAGCAGCUAACGCAGCCGAUGCAAAUGCACGCUCAUCAGCAGCAGAUACUGCAGCAGCAACAGCAGGCGGUAGCCACGCAUCAGCAACAGCAGCAGAUAUUGCAACAGCAGAUUGCACAGCAUCAGCUGCAACAGAUACAGCAGCAACAGAUUCAGCAACAGCAGCUCCAGCAACAGCAGCAGCAACUGCAACAACAGCAGCAACAGCAACUCCAGCAACAGCAGCAGCAGCAACUACAACAACAGCAAAUGCAACAGCAGCUCCAGCAACAGCAACAACAGUUCGUACACCAGCAAUACACGCAGGCUAUGACGCAGCAACAACACCAGCAGAUAAUCACUGGCUCGCAGGUGCAACAGCAGCCAAUGCAAAUGCCUGUUCAAAUGCAAGUGCCACCUACGUCAGUGGCACCUACAAUGCAACAACCCAUGGCCCAGACAUACCAGCAACAGGCCCAAGUGCCACUAGCUGACCCCCAACAGCAACAGCAUGGCGGGUUUGCAACUGUGCCGGCCCAGCAGCCACAAUUCAUACCCCAGCAGCCGCCCCAACAGCAACCCAUACAACUGUCCUUGCCUCUGGAACAACAGCUGCAGCAACUGCUGCAUAGCCAGCCACAGCAGCAAGCCGUGGUGCAGCAACCUCACCAGACACAACAGCAGCAGCCCAUUGUCCAACAGCAGCACCCGCCUGUGCUCCAGCAACCACAACCGAAGCCUAUGAUCCAACAGCAGCCGCAAGCCCAGCCCAAACCAGUAGUCCCACAACCUCAGGCUGACCAGCACACUCAGGCGCCAGUGCAAGUUCCCGUGGUGCAUGAAAAUCAGCCGUCAAACCAAGUUAACCCAGAACAUGUGAACUCGGAGAGCGUCCCAAACAAUUCCGAUAAUGCACCCAAACCCGAAACUCAAACCCCUGUGGAUGCGGAGAAGCAGGCGAAGGGACAGAACAACACUACACAGCGUUCCCAGAAACCCAGACGAUCCAAUCGCAGCGGCAACGAACGAAUCCCCAAGCUCAGUGUCACCAGUGUGGACGAGGGCAGUGUCAUUAAUUGCCACAUGGAGAAUAAACUGAAAACGAUCACCUUCAAGUUUGACAUUGGAGAUGUGAAUCCCGUGGAAAUCGCCAAUAAAUUGAUCGCUCAAGAUUUGCUUUCUAAUUGUCAAAGUACAGUAUUUGUGGAUAUGAUCAAUGAAAUUGUUGACCAGGUCAAACAGAAUCCCAACCAAAUCCCCAUACCAACCAAUUAUCGCCGCAAUAUUGAAAAGGUCCGACACGCGUCUCUAACUCGACAGCGUUCCACGUUUAGGUCACACCAAAGACAUAGAUCUCGGGAUGAAACCGCCAGCGACAUCACAAAGAUGUUUGAGCCCACUAUCCACGGGAUGGAGACCCUGCCAUCCGGUAGUGGAGGUUCUGAGGCCGCUUUCGAAGCCAAGUCCCAGACUUCCAACUUGGCCAAUGCCCAGGACCUGCAGCCGAACGUUGGCACUCCGCCCACCACUACUUCGACCAUGUCGUCCUCGUCGACGACCUCCAGAGACGCAGCUAACAGCAGCAACGACGUGACCAUUGGAUCGGGAUCGGUGUCCCGCAAGACGAGCACCGCCUCGGAAUACACUUCCUUGUCGAUUGACUAUAUGCCGGACAGUAAUAUAACGCCCACUGGGAACGAACCCACUUUCGAUGAUGGCAAGGACAAGUCUUUGGGUGUCCAGCAAAAGCCAUGCUCCCUCGCCAUAGCCCGGAUGCAGAAGCUUUUGGAAUCCGCUGGUGGUGGGGCUACUCCCCGAAGUCUAAAUAUUCCUCUGAAUCGCCAUCUGAAUAUUCAGGAGGAUCUUAAACACACCAGAAGCCUGGACGACUUGUCCGAGGUGAAGAUAACCUUCGAUAUGCCCAACAAGCCCUCGGCUGAAUCGGCUGAGAAUAAUCCAGCCGCUGCUGUGGAGUCAGAAAAACCAAAGGAUAAGGCUGGCCAAGGAGUGGGAGCUCAGGCAUCCGGAGCAACUAAUACUCUGGAGCAGCUGAAGAUCGAGUUGGAGAAUAUAACGCACGCCCAUGCCUUUGCCUCGGCCGUGGUGGCCUCAAUCAACAACCGGCCGCCUCACCAAGCCUCUCCGGCUAUGUCAUCUCUGAAGGCCACCCCCGGACAUCCCACACAAGAGCCAAGUAAGUCAUCAACCGCCGGUGGCUCAGUGGCAUCAUUGGGUCAAAAUACUCCAACCGCAGCACUGACAUCGGCUCGGGGCUCUGGCUCCUCUGUCUACAAUUCUCGGCGCACUUCCAUCGACAACAGCGUGGGCUCUGAUGUGCACUUGCACACUGCCACCAACCUUGAGGCGCCGGCCGCCAGCUCCGAUCCGACACCAACUGAGGCUUCAGCUGGUAUUGCAAUGGGUGGCACCGGCGAGAAGCAACUGUCCAAACAGCCGAGCUUAGAAAAGCCAUCCACCACGUCCAUUUCGACAAACAGCAGCGAUGCCCCACAGCGGAACCCCAGCAACGGAUCUAUAAAUCAGAACUCGAUAGCCGACUUGGAAAAGAAACUGGCAGCGUUGCGAAACACGGACAACGCUGAUGAGCCUCCAUCGGCUGCCCCGUUGUCCGCAGUUCCGAAACAAGUUGAAGAGGUGACCAAUCCGAGUGCCCGGAAGAUCUCGCGCUUCAGUGUCAGCCGCGUGCAGGAACAAAAGACAUCAACGGGAGUGGAGGAACCUGCGCAGGGUCAACUGAAGAUCGAUCUUCAGGUCGCAGGUGGCCCUGGUGGCCCAAUGCAAUUGAACACCGCAAACAGUUCGGUGCCGAACGGCAGUGUGGUUAACACGCCGACCGAAAUCAUUAGCUCUCCCAUCCAGAGUGUUCCUUUGGCCAUUAACGGCAUUCAACUGAUUUACCAGCAGCCCCAACAGAUCCACCAACUACCGGGAGCAGCUCCACCCACAUCGACAGCCAGUGGAGCUGGAACUCAGUGCGUGGUGGGGCAGCAGAUGAUCAACCAAAAUGGUACACAGAUGCCACAAUUGCAGCAGCCAGUGGUGCAUCCGAACAUGCCACAGCAGACUCCCCUAAAUGGACAUCCCAAUAUGGUCAAUCCCAUUCAGCAACAGCCGCCACAGCAGCCCAUGCCUUUGCAGCCUAUUCAGCAGCCACAGAAUCAAAUGCCACUCAUGCCGCCACAACAGCAACCUAUUCUGAUACAGCAGUCACAGCCACAGCAACAGCAGCAGGGAUCGCAGCAAUUCAAUCCUGCUCUUCCGCCCCAACAGCAAUUCCUCCAGACGCAGCCCAAUCAGCUGCACCAGCUUCCUCCGCAGGUCGUAAGCAUUGCCCAAGCAAUGACCCACCAACUAGCCCCUAUGCAAUCGAUGGCCGCCCAGCAGCAGGUAAUAUCGCAGCAGCAGCAUCAGCUACAAAUGCAAAUGCCGCCGCAGAGCGUACCAGGAAUGUACAACCAGCAGGCUGGAGCUCGUGUGGCUACACCACAAAACUUCCAUGGCGCUGUGCCCAACCAUUUAUUGCAGCAGGCACCUCUGAUGGCCACCCAACAGCCUGGGCAGCCUAUGCAACACGUUAUGCAACCGCUUUUUAAUGCAGCAGCUGGUGAAGUUACCGAAGAGCCAGUAUCUCUAGCAGCUACGCAUCCCCAUUUGCUACCCAGCGAUAUCCAAUCAGAUAUAAAACACAAUUUGGAUUCACUGGUGAACCAAUUGUGCAACACACGCUUGGGAACCAACCAGCAUCAACGGCUGUUAUUGUUGCGCCAAAGACAACUCAUCGAGGAGGACGAGUUGCGCCUAAAACAUUAUGUGGAAUACGAAAAGUUUCAGAAGGCACUGCGCCAAUCUAUAAGCACAAACGUUCCAGCGACUGCCGCUUACUAUUCAGCAGCUGCCGCCCAGCUUCCAACCAAUUUGGCGGCUCCAGCAGCUCCGUCCUCAUCGAAUCCGACAUCCACUGGCUCCGCAAACACAUAACUGCGCUAAUUGUUUUGCUUCAUGCACCUUUGACAAGCCAUACUAACAGCUCUACUCUAUGUUACUCGACAAUAUAAUUGGCUCGAGUGUGAAGAUGUGGAUCUGGAGGUAGAUUAUAAGUAAAAAGUUGUCGAAUGUUACGGGGUUGUCUGUAAAUAUUAGUCAAACGCUUCUUGUUGAUAUGCCAUUGUUUUAUUUUUAUUCCUUUCUGUUUCAUUAUCAUUUGAAAUUCCUAAUUUUCGAUCUUGGCUUCGUUUAUUUGUUUAAAAUAAAUAUUCAAUUUUUGUAUGAACUUUUUAAGAAAAUUGUACAUUUUAUUAGUAAAAAAAAAAACUGUAAAUAAAAAUUUCGAUAAUGUAAUAAUAUAACAAUGCAUAUAGGAAUAUUAUAUAAUAGUCAUCAUUUAUUCAAAGUGAUGUAUACAUACUGCGUAGUUACUAAAUAAAUAACUUAUUACCGAA